AAGUCUAUAAAACGUGCAGAGCUACAGCAAACCGUAUCCGACUGAUUAUCAUCACACGUACGACACUGUCACUAUUCCUGUGGAGACUACUAACUAUGUCUUCUGUACUCCUAAUAUUUUGCUGCCUCCUUGGUCUGGGGUCAGCCUGGAACCAACCGAGCACCUGCUAUAUUAGGAGCCAAUGCUCCAGUGAAACUGAGACACAGCUAACAAAGAUUAGUGAAUCACUUCUAUCAGAGCUGAAACACAUUCGUGAAGCACUGGAAACUAUUGCCGACAAAUUGCUGGAUGCUGAAGGAAAUGCAAGUGCACCAGUAUCAACUACCAGCAUGCCAACAGCAGCCACAUCAACCAUGGAAGCAACAACUUCCACUACCAGUGAACCAACAGCAAUGAUCACAGACCCACCAACUACUUCUGACAUUUGCGGUGGACCAGGAUGGACGAGAGUGGCCUACAUUAACAUGACCGACCCCAACCAACAAUGCCCUCAAGGACUUCAACUGACAGACUAUUCGAUAAGAUCAUGUGGUCUUCCACUAACGACUAUUGAUGGUGGUGUUUGUGAAUCUGUUAUGUUUCCAGUAAGUGGUGUCCAAUACAGGAAGGUGUGUGGGAGAGCAAUAGGUUAUCGGUGGGGAUUCAACAACGCAUUUGUUGGAUACCAUACUGCUGGUAGGAAUACUAUCGAUGUUGCAUAUGUUGAUGGACUCAGUGUCACGCAUGGGCAAUCUCCGCGCACACAUAUCUGGACGUUUGCCAGUGGUCGUUUUAAUGGAACCAGUGGUGACGGUUUCUCUGAUUUGCGCUGUCCUUGUGAUGAGGGGAACACUUAUGGUUCUCCUCCAUUUGUGGGAAAUGAUUACUUUUGUGAUAGUGUGGUCAAUGAUGUACAUGGUGGGUAUCGUUUCUAUCCUGACAAUGCACUGUGGGAUGGUCAGUCGAGCCUCAACACAUGUUUCAAUAACAAUAAUCCUCCGUGGUUUACGAAAACUCUAUCAACUCCAACUACUGAUGACAUUGAGCUACGAAUGUGCUUCAAUAAUAACGGCGGAACUACUAACAUGGGACUUCAGCUCAUGGAAAUAUACAUCAGUUGAAGUGAUUGUGAAGGAAUAAAUGAUUAAUUUUUGCUGAGAACUUUUAGCAUAUUAACUAAUAAGUUUAGCGUGAGAACAAAUAAAUGAACACUACAAGUGAACACUGUCUAUAGCAUUCUCGUAUUGUAGACUAUAACUAUAAUUAGUUUGAGCAAAAGAUCAAAGAAGCCAGAGCGCAACCAUAGAUCUUA